UUUUAACUUCGUAGGCGACUUUCCACAAUACACUUUUUUAUAUAAAGUAAAGCGGUCCUUGAAACCGGUUGUUAUUAAAAUCCUAUACGAAAUAUGCAGAGCGGCGUGAGAUGCGCGCCGGCGUCGCGACGCCGCCGCUCGCGAACAUAUGAUCGAAACGCGGACGUAACCUCAACAAUUGCACGCAAUGAAAAACCUCCGGUUUUGGACGCGUUUCGUGUCAUACUUGGUAAUAAUGCUAAUUAUCGCACAGUUAUUGUUAAUGUAUAAGCGCAAUUGGUUUUGCACGAGCCUCGAGCCCCGACGACACAUUAAUAAAAUGUGCGAACUCUACAAAAGUGGAGCUGCCGAAGGUAAUUUAUGUAUCCCGUUAUGCGAUUCGCAAGAUCAGUUCACGUUCACGUGUCAAACGUUCCACUCCACCAAGGACGCAGUCAUUCGAGUCACAUGGGGAGACAUACGUUUUGUACUGAAAUCCGCCGUGUCGAAUAUUCCUGCAAUACACUGGUACGACAAUGGUGUCUUGAAGUAUCCCAGUGAAAAGGAAUUUUUGUCAACCCUAAAGGCAGUAACUAAACACAUGCUGAAUUACUCAUUACCGAGCAGCAGCAUAAAUAAGCUGGCGUAUCUGCAACCAAACGAGAGGGAGAUGAAUCUAAAAAUUCGCGGAGUUGAAAUGGACAACAUAUGGAUCCUGGUUCAGGACAACGAGUAUUUAAUCUCGAAAGCGUACGCCGAUAGAGAAAUCUUCCCGCAAGUUAUGGGAACUUGUGGGCCAUACUUUGGUUUGGAAUUCGUGGAGGCCUUACCGGAAACGUACUCUCUGCUGUACGACCAGGAUACGAAGAAGAAUUGGAAACGAAACGUCAAGUACGCGAUCAUGAUGAUGGAAUUGCUGGAAGAACUCGAUAACAAUUUUCGGGAACCACUCCAUUUGUGUGAUGUCAAAAUACGCGACUUUGGGAUAACCGAUCCAGAAAACGGCAGAGCGAAGGUUCUAGAUUUGGAUAUGGUCUAUCCCAAAUCGAUCGUAACUAGAUUUAUUAAAGAAAUCGAGACCUGCGGGGAAGAUGGGGACUGUAAGUAUUACGACUGUCGGGGUAGAUGCAACACUGAGAUUGGUAAAUGUGGCGCGACGAUCACAAACAAUAAUCUCCAAGUGGUGUGCGAGAAAAUAUUCUUGGGGUGGAGAAUGUCAAAUACGAUACUUUUACCCGGUCUGCUACUGUCGAAGUACGCGCCGGAUGAACUGAUGGUCGCCUUGCGGCAGUGUGGCAAUCCAGAAAAUGAAGAUAAGGUGCCGCGUGGUGCUGCUAGCGAAGAUGUUAGGAAACAAAUUUAUAACAUCCUGGUCGAAAUUGACCAAUAUAUCGAAUCUGAUUCGUAUUCUUAAGAAGCUGCCACGAUCAAUCGAUUUCACUAUGACUUGCACCCCAAAGCUUGAAAAGGGAUGAUUUUGCGUCACACGCUUUAAGUACUUGGGGGCCUUGGUUCUCGAACAUUCGCAAGAGAUCAUCGCGAAUCAAAUCGUGAGGUUGGUAGGAGUGGUGCGAACGAACUCGGGAAUGGUAGGUACCCGGGUCGUUUGUAAUUUGCAAUAUUUUCAAUAAUAAACGACCACAGAAGAAAAUACAGAAAGCCUUUUACUAUCCAAUCACUGGCUUGAAGGUUUAAUAAUAGUCUUAGUAGUAAGUGGAGGUAAGCAGCCACAUUGACACCUUUAUUGCUCCGGUUCAAGUUUGUGCAACUGUAGAGUGAAGAAAGCGUAGGACAGCACAAAUCUUGAUAUAAUGCAACAUCAAAAUCUGUAUAGACUACCAUAAGCAAAAAGUGCAGGUAAGCAUCGUAGUACGAAGGCGUAGAAG